GUGUGUGUGUGUGUGUGUGUGUGUAUGUAGGUGUGAAAGUAAACUGUAUGUGUGUGUGUGUUUGUGAAAGUAAACUGUGUGUUUUCUGUGUUAUCUCCCUCUAUGUCAGUGUUUAACCCGCUGUGGUCAUGAUGUGAGUUGCCCGACUGGACACAUUUGCGUGCCUGUGUAAAUGGCAUGUCAUGAUAUCUCUAAUGACUUAAUUAGGUCAAUUAGUAAAGCCCUGUUUGUAAUGGAGGGGCAGCACAUCCAUGUAGACACCCCUGAACUCUCAUGCUAUAAAUCUGCUGAUAUUCAUAAAUGUGUGCCAGAUGCAUAUUAUUCAGCGAGUGCCAAAACUGUAACUGCUGCCAUUUAUAUCAAAUGUCAUUUGUUGGCGUAGCAUCUGAAUGAAUGUCCUCUCCUCCAGGUAUUCUCUGCAGUCUGUGUGUAUGUGUGUGUGUGUGUGCGUCGGUCUGUUUGAGAGUGAGGGACAGAUAGGGAGAGAGGGAAUGAUGGAGAGAGUUGGUGUGUGUCUGUGUGUGUGUGUGUCUCACUCUGUCACCCAGGGCAUUGAGAAAAAUCAAUAGAUCUACAGCUUGAGUUGGACCAUUUACCUCUGCCAAGUGAUGGGCAGACACUUUGGCCUUCAAAGAUCCACAGACAAGCUGCCUGCAGUAGACUCACAGGAUGUCAGCUCUGCGUCCUCCUGCACAAGUGCCUCUCAGUUCCAAUCCUCAAUUGAAACGUGUGUUUGUCUCCCGGUUCAUGUAACUGUCACUUCUUCUGAAAACCUGUGAGGGGGGGGGUCAUAGAUCAAAAGUUUCUCACAUGGCCAAUAGAAGCAGUCAAGAGAAUGAGCAGGAGCAGGCGGAGAGAUGGAUUGAAGGAAGAGAGAGCCGGAGCAUGUGAGAAGGGAACCGAGCGAGACCAUCAUAAUCAAUCCUCCAUGAUCCUGGAAGAGCAUCAUUUAUCUUCUUUUCUCACUCCACUCCUCCUCCUGCCUCAAUCUUUCCCUCAUUUUCUGUGGUACAGACACUUUGAUCUUGCGUAAGAAGACGGUCUCCGGAGCUUCAUUUCUUUUAAAGCCUCCAUCGUGAGGGCCCAUAAAAAGAUGCUAAGGAAUGGAUUUUUAAGACCAUUUACCAGGCGUUCUGUAGCGGCUCGCGGGUAAUGGCUACAUAGGGAUAUAAUGUUCCUCCUCAGUGUGUUAUGCCCUUCUGUGCCUUGUGCCCUGAGUUAUCAGGGCAAACUGGGAUUGGCCUUAACACGUCAGUGCUGAGGAGUAUGACGUUGUGCAUAAUAAGUUUUGCCUGCUGGGUAUCCUGGCUGUUUAAUUCAUGAAGACAUGGGAGUGAAGAUGGUUCUUCAUUUUUUGUAUCUUUCUGAGUAAAUAGUUUUUUCCACCUUUGACUAUUUUUUGGUUUCACAUAACACUGUUGACCAACCUUGUGUUUAGGUCUCUUCCUCUUUCUUUUUCUGUGUGUGUACGCAUGCAUGUGUGCCUCAGUGUUUGCCCACUUGAGAGUGGGCUGGGACAUGGGAGCGUGUUUGGGGCUGUGUUUUUGCCGUGAGCAUAUAAGGAUUCGUAUGGGCUAGCAGGGAGAAAAUGAUUGAGAGAAAAGGUCAGUAGACAGGAUGGCCUUUUCUUGUCUACAGGAGACUGCAGGGAGACCAAGAAGUGGGAGAGAAAAGGGAGUCCAGGGGGAGGAGGAGUGAGGAAGCUAGACUAAAGGUUCAAGUGCAGCCGAACAAUUGAAUAAAAUAAGUUAAAGAAUUUGAAUGUUAGAGCAACUGCUGUGAAGCAGCAGUGCAAAAAUAUUUUCAGCAGAAGAAAAAAAUCUAAUCUCCCACAGCUAAAGAUCAGAGUCAGGCCUCUCAUUACCUUAUUAUAGGGAACGUAACAGUCAUGAGACCUGUGUGUCAGGGUGCUGGCUCUGAUCCGUCACGACCACUUAACCACUGCUGCCAUAUGACCCCAGCUCUAUGACACUGUUCCACGUCCUCUCACUUUUUACAGUAAUUCACAACUGAGACCCCAACUUUCCAGUUAGUGAUGAUGUAAGGUAACACAAGGUCAGGGACUGCUGUCAAACGAAAAAGGGAUUUCCGUUUAAGAUUGGGAUAUUUAACAAUACCAACAAGACACUGAUGUCUCGACAAGAGCUGAAUCAAUUACUUAAUUAAUGAGUUAGUUUAUUUUAAUUGGUUUAUAAAAUAACUGCCAAACAUCUUAAAAUGUAAUCAUUUUAUGCAUUUUAAAGCAAAUGCACCAAACAUCUUGUUUAAACUUCUCGAAUAUGAAGAUUUGUGACCUCGGUUGUCAAAUAUGAUUCAUCCAUCCAUUAUCUUGCACUGCUUAUCCUUUGAGAAUCACAGCGGGGGGGUGGAGCCAAUCAGGGCUGACAUUGGGUGGGAGGUGGGGUACUCCCUGGACAUGUUGCCAGUUUGUCACUGGGCCAAAGCAAAGACAAACAACCACUCACACCUACAGGCAAUUCAGGAUCUCCAGCUAACCUAAGAUGACUUUGUCCAUCAGGUUCAUACCAAGAACCUUCUUGCUUUGAGGCGACACCACCAUGCUGCUCUUCACAUGCUAGGCUGGAUAUAUUUUUGGGUAUUUUUUUGUCAUUUUUGUAUCAAUUAAAAAAAGUCAGUUGAAAGAAUGAAAAAUGAUGUUACAUUCAGUACGUUAUUUUGCUUAAUCAGAAACCCACUGAUCUGUUGCAUUCUUUUCAAAGGUUGACUUUGUUUUGAAUUGUCUGAGGGAGACUUAAAAUGUAUGUGGUGCAUGGAAGCUCCGUGGUGUUUUCUUACAACAUCUGAAACAUAUUAAAAUUUUUAUUUUUUCUUAUCUUCACAUGCACGGCAGAGCAUCUAACUGUUCUCGAGAAACACAGAGACACAAGUUAUCCUUUGUAUCGUCAUUUAAAAAAAAAAUCAUCAAUGGCGCUGCUGUAAAAGAGAAUAAAUACAGCCAAGAUUGGUUGAUAAAAGGACGAUAACAAUUAUAUUGGAGCAUCUCAGUACAUAAAGAAGCUGCAGACACUUUGAUUAAGAUUUGUUCCCCCCAGUGGGAUGAAACACGUGGAAUCACCUUUGUGCCCGUUGUUAAUUACCUGCACGUUGUUCUAGCUUUAUGUGGAACAAGCCUGUGACCUUGGCGUGGUCUUAACCCUCCCCUCCUCCAGAGCAAGCUAGCAUGUUGAUGAUGUUACUUGCAGGUGCAGCACGUGUCCAUACGUGUGUGUGUCUGUAUGUGUUUGUUUUCCACAAAUGCGGAUCAUCUCUCUUCUUUACUGAUGGGCUCGUCCCCUACCUUUCUCUCUGUGACCCAGUUCUGGUGUGCUGACACCCCCUGUUCACAUCACGCCUGCAGCAAACACAUGUUGUCAGAGCAGCGAGAAAGAGGAGAAGGAGACAGAAAGGGGGAGUGGAUUGUGUGUCCGCAUUCUUCGUGUCAACAUCUCUGCUUCUUGAAAUCACAGGGCUUGAAAGCAACUUCCUGGGCAGUGCCACAUUUUCUGUUGGUGAUCUGCUGAGGGCUAAAGAUGAGCGACUGACCUUGAGUCUUAGGUCAUCUGAUGGUGUGUGCGCAGCAGGAACAGUGGUGGUGAGUCGUCUGAAGAUGGGGGAGAUGGAGGAGGUUGAUGUGGACCACAUCACCACUGACAUUCCACAACAGAAGUGUCCCUUGGUUUGUGAUUCUGCGUCCCAUGCCUGCGUCGACAGAGAAAAUAACCCACUUACAGGACCAGUGUUCAAGAACCCGGUAUGCAAAGUGUACAGAUUUCAAACAAUGGACAGCAAGUGGAUGCUGGUGCGGGAACAAAUGGAGGAGUGCACGUUGUCCUUUAGCAUCCCCAGACAGCUGCUCUCACUGUACAUUCAGGAGGACAUGAAUAGGGUGCAGGACCUGAGGGAGCUGGGGGAGCUCUCUCCUCAUUGGGACAACCUCAGGAAGGAGGUGAUGGCCCGGUAUGGAGGAAUCAUUGGCUAUUACCAGGAGACUUUGGCUGAGCUGGACAAGAUUACCGGUCGCUCAUUCAAGCCAAGCUGCUGCAAAGCCCAGAAAUCUCUGGAGUUCAUCCCAAUAAACUUGCACACGCAGAGGAUGAGGGUGACGUGCCCCAGAAAAACAGGGAUCCUCAGCAGGCUCAGACAGGGUGCUUCGUCCUCACCCAGGCUCAAAGAUGCAUUCUAUGACAUUGUCACCGUCGGUGCCCCUGCAGCCCAUUUCCAGGGCUUCAAGUGUGGUGGUCUGCAGCGUCUGCUCAGCAGAUAUGAAGCAGAGAAAAAGAGCUUCAGCACUGCCUACCAGUGUAUCUACUACUCACCAGAGCACACAGCCAAAGCUCAGGAGGUACUCAGCACCAUGAGCCUCCUCCAGCCCCUCAUCACGAGCUCAGCGGACCAGCUCCUCCAGGCUGCCCAGGAGCGCUCUUCAACUGGACUAAAGGAUGUGCUCAAGAAGCUUUCUGACAAGACAGAGCAAUUUGUUCACACACUUAAGGAUGAAUUGGUCAAGAGUGCACUGCUCGCGCUGCAUGCGGCACAGCCCGGGUACGUUUCCAAGAACCAGAAGCCAACCCCAGCGCAGGGCGGCCAACAUCAAGGUCACGUCCACCAGUGCAGCGAGCAGAAUCCCAGCCCAGUGCAGGGACUCCCAGGCCACAGUCCAGCCACGUCCGUCACUGAGAGCACGGUGAUGUGUAAUAAUGUGGAUGGAUCAAAAACCACGACAAAAGGAGAAGGUGGAACUCUUCCUCUGAAGCACCAAGACUCCAUACCGCACCACCAAGAGUACGACGAGGAGGAAUGGGACAGGGUGUGGGCCAACGUGGCCAAAUGUCUGAACUGUGUCAUCGCCAUGGUGGAUAAACUUCAGGAGGAAGAUAACAACAGACAGGAACCGGUCCCUGAGCAGCAGCUGGCUGAUGUCAUCACCUCACACAACCCUGGUGACUGGAAGGAGCAGCUGUGUCCUCUGGUGACCAGGUUAAAGGACUGUGUGAUGGAGGUGGUGGAGAAGGCCAAGAGAGCCAUGACCUUCGUGCUCCUGCAGGAGGCGGCCUGCAGCAUACCACAGGGUUUCCUCCUCCAGCAGAGGCGAGACGUGGUCUUCAGUCAGGCACUGGCAGCCUUAGCCUGUGGUUUCGUCAUGAGGCUCUAUGCAGGAAUGGAGGACAAAGGAUUCCUGAGGCAGCUUCACCUGGUCGGCCUCGUGGCUCAGUUUGAGAGUCUGCUCAGCACCUACAGUGAAGAGAUCGGGAUGCUGGAGGACAUGGAGGUGGGAAUCUCCGACCUGCAAAGAGUUGUGUUCAAGAUCACAGAGGCCAAGACAGAUGACCUCAGUGACCUCCAGCCUUUAGUGUGUGGCCGCCGAGACCACUUCACUGUCGAAGUGCCAUUGCCAAGACUGGUUUUCCAGACGUUGCCAGAGGAGAUAAAGGAGGGCAAACCUCUGCAUGUGUUCCCGGUGCUGUUUAACGUGGGCAUCAAUGAACAGCAGACUAUAGCCGAGAGGUUUGGAGAUAUCUCCCUACAAGAGAGAAUAAACCAGAAGAACUUUGAGAUGUUAGAAGCCUAUUACAAAUCCUUGAGUGAAAAGGUGCCACUAGAAUGUCUACCAUGUUUUCAAACGCAGACCGACGUUAAGGAAUUACUUGAAACCCUGGGCCAGAAUGUAGUCACAAAGAAGAGGAAGAAUGUGGAGAUACUAUGGAUUGCUGGAUCGAUCUGCCGAAGGUUAAAUGGCAUCAGGUUCACCAGCUGUAAAAGUGCCAAAGACCGGACGUCCAUGUCUGUCACACUGGAGCAGUGCGCCCUCCUCCGGGAUGAACACCAGCUCAGCAAGGAUUGCUUCAUCCGUGCACUGGAUUGUAUGCGGAGGGAGGGCUGUCGUAUUGAGAACGUUCAAAAGAACAUUAAGUGCAGGAAAUAUGCCUUCAACAUGUUGCAGCUGAUGGCCUUCCCCAAGUGCUACCGACCACCGGAGGGGACCUACGGCAAAGUGGACUCGUGAGGGGAGCGCCUGCUGCGUGACCCCCCCACACCCCCCAC